AUGGAAAAAGUCUUGUUAUUUGCUGAAGAAUUCGAGGUUUCUGAUAAGUUUGUAGCUUCUGCGGAUUGGAUCAACAAUUUCAAACGACGAAACAAUCUAAAGUUCUACAAAAAAUGUGGUGAAUCUGGCAGUGUCAAUAUGAACAAGAUUCCAAAGUUUCGUGAGCAACUUCAAGACAUAAUCAAAGAUUACAAAUCUCAAGAUGUGUUCAACUCAUAUAGUCCAGUUAAAGGAAAGAAGAAAUCAAAAGACCGAGUAUCAUUGCUAGUAACAACAAAUGUAAUAGGAGAUGAAAAAUUACUGAUUUUAUUUAUCCACAAGUACGAAACACCACGUGCUCUCAGAGGGAUUAAUAAAUCCACUCUUCCACUUAAUUCCCAGAUGCGCAUUGCAAAUCAGAAGAUUCUUCUUUUAAUGGACAAUGCAAAAUGUCAUGAAGCUGACAAUAUUAACGAAUUAUCUAAUAUCUGGGUUCACUUUUUACCUCCCAAUACUACUUCGAUUAUUCAACCUCUGGAUCAAGGAAUAUUGUAUAAAUCCGAAUCUCAACAGUUAGAGCAUGAAUUAGAUCAACUAAUUCAAUGGCUGCCCAUUACGGAACCACUUUCUGCGCAUGAAUUUAUAUGUAUUGAUGAUAAUAUUGACCAUGAAGAGAUUGAUAUAAAGGAAAUUGUUGAUGUAGUACUUGGGAAAGGAUUGGAAAACGAACCUGAUGAUAAAGAUGAAAGCGAGGAAGAAAUUUCUAUUGGUGAAGCUUUAAAUAGUACUAAAAUUCUUAUUACAUUUAUCAAGCAGUCUGAAUGGG